UUGACUACUGGGGGUCCUGGAACGCUCUUGCACAUGUUCUCUGGAAAACAUGGCAGACCUACAGAUGAAGCUUCUUCGGAAGAAGAUUCAGAAAAGGAAUGAAAAGAACAAAAAACGGAACUUACUGAAGAAUCAGAAACAAAAAUGUGAUGAAGAUGAGUGUGUCAGUGAUGUGACUGAGCAGCUUCAUGCUGAAACCAACGGAGAGACUGAGCCAGAUGCAGCGAAAAUAGUGGAAAAGAAAGACUGCACAAAUCUUGCAUCUGCGGAGGCAGGCGAUACGACCGUAAGCUCCGUGAAAAAGAAAAAGAAGAAAAGGAAACUCGUCGGCAAUGCUUCUGUCUCAGGUGUAAAGAAAGCCAAAACAGAGGAUGAGGGGGGGAAAGAGGAGGAUGAAGAAAUGGAGCCUGAAAAGGAGGUGAAUGCUGAAGAGACCGCAGUGGACCCUGGACAGGAGCAAGAUGGGGAGGAGGAAUCUAAAGACAAAAAGUCAAACGAUGAGGAUGAAGAGGAAGAGGAGGAUGAGGAUGAGGAUGGGCCACAGCUUCCUUUAGGACUGACAGGUGCUUUUGAAGACACCUCGUUUGCCUCCCUGGAUGGGGCAGUGAGCGAGAGUACUUUGAAGGGCGUGAAGGAGAUGGGCUUUGAACACAUGACCGAGAUCCAGCACAAAAGCAUACGGCCUCUGUUGGAAGGCAGGGACAUCUUGGCUGCAGCCAAAACGGGCAGUGGGAAAACACUGGCGUUCCUGAUUCCUUCCAUCGAGCUCAUCAAUAAACUGAAGUUCAUGCCUCGAAACGGCACGGGGGUGAUCAUCCUGUCGCCCACACGCGAGCUGGCCAUGCAGACAUACGGGGUGAUGAAGGAGCUGAUGACCCACCACGUGCACACCUACGGCCUCAUCAUGGGCGGCAGCAACCGCUCAGCCGAGGCCCAGAAGCUGGCCAACGGGGUCAACAUCCUGGUGGCCACGCCCGGUCGACUGCUGGACCACCUGCAGAAUACUGCUGGAUUCAUGUACAAGAACCUCCAGUGUCUGAUCAUUGACGAAGCCGACCGUAUUCUAGAAGUCGGAUUUGAAGAGGAACUGAAGCAAAUCAUUAAACUGCUGCCAAAGAGGAGACAGACCAUGCUGUUCUCAGCCACGCAGACGCGCAAAGUGGAAGACCUGGCCAGGAUCUCGCUGAAGAAGGAGCCCCUGUAUGUGGGCGUGGACGACAACAAAGAGUCGGCCACCGUGGACGGCCUGGAGCAGGGCUACGUGGUGUGUCCCUCAGAGAAACGCUUUCUUCUGCUCUUCACCUUCCUGAAGAAGAACCGCAAGAAGAAGCUGAUGGUCUUCUUCUCCUCCUGCAUGUCGGUCAAGUUCCACUAUGAGCUCCUCAACUACAUCGACCUGCCUGUCAUGGCUAUUCACGGCAAAAUGAAGCAGACCAAGCGCACCACCACCUUCUUCCAGUUCUGCAACGCGGACUCAGGCAUCCUCCUGUGUACCGACGUGGCGGCCCGUGGGCUGGACAUCCCCGAGGUGGACUGGAUCGUCCAGUACGACCCACCGGACGACCCCAAGGAAUACAUCCACCGGGUCGGGCGAACGGCUCGUGGGAUUGACGGAAGAGGCCACGCCCUCCUGAUUCUGAGGCCUGAAGAGCUGGGCUUCCUGCGUUUCCUGAAACAGGCCAAGGUACCACUGAGCGAGUUUGAGUUCUCCUGGAGUAAGAUAUCGGACAUUCAGUCCCAGCUGGAGAAACUGAUUGAGAAGAACUACUACCUGCAUAAAUCAGCCCAGGAGGCCUACAAGUCUUACGUGCGGGCGUACGACUCGCACUCCCUCAAACAGAUCUACAGUGUCAACACCCUCAACCUCCCCAUGGUGGCGGUGUCCUUUGGGUUCAAAGUGCCACCGUAUGUCGACCUCAAUGUCCACAGCAGCAAAGGCGUGAAGAUGCAGAAGCGUGGGGGAGGCGGCGGUUUCGGCUACCAGAAGUCCAAAAACGUCAACAAGUCAAAGAUCUUCAAGCACGUCAACAAGGGCAAGGCUGACAAGAGGCAGUUCUCCCGGUGAGGUGGCCGGUUGGUCCAGCCUCCAGUGUGGUUACAGAGGCCAACCCAUCGAGGGCCCACUGCCACAAUCUCCUGUCACUCUAGAAGGCCUGCACAUGUACUGUCUGUCACGAUGGACCAGGAUGGGCCCAGAGUGUUCUCCAAAAUAAUGUUGCGAUUCCUUUUUGCACUGUGGUGGUGCAUAUUUCAGUGUAGAUUUUUUCAGAGAAGUGCAUCUAUGACUAAAUAUUUAUCUAUAGGUUUUCUUGACCUCUGUGCUGUGAUCCUUUUCACUGAAAGGUGAUGUGGAUGAUCCCAAAGGUAUGUGUAGAUCAGUGGCUCCAAAACUAUUGGUCAGAACACAACUGUAACAUGUUUGUAGGCAGUUAUUUUGAUAAAGUAUUUGAACUGUGCAGAAUAGACGAUUAAUUUGAUCUCCUUAAGUGAAUUGGGGGCUAUUAGUUUGGGAAAUACUGGAUUAGAAUAUAUCUUCCCUGCUUCUUCCUCUGAUAGGGGUUUAUUGGGCAGAAGAGCAUUACCCAAAAUUCCACUACUUUAGGACUAGUAAUUCCAGCACCUCGUUAGAAAUGGUUAACAUGCCGGUGUGAUAAAAAUUAAUUGGAUUCCCUACAGUUAUUGAGAUUUUACGUCCCCCUACAUAAGAUCGAGCUAGUUGAAUAUUUGACAUUUGAGGUAUUGGUAAUUAAAUUUCAGACCAGCUGGUGAGGGGAUUCCUGUAAUCCAAACUGGAGAUUAUCUUCAAUUUAAUAUGCAAGGUGUUUUCCCAUUAAAGCAGACGGCAGCAAAAUGUCAGUCAGUGUAAACUUGUGCGGGAUGUUAUUUGUCUUUAUGGCUAUGGUCGCAGAUGAAUCGCAAAUACUAGCAUUCCCUUAAUUGAUUUUAUUUUUAUUUUUACGAGAACAUGUAUAGAUUAAUAUUUACCUGAAAAUGCUGUAGUUUUCUGGAAACUAACAUAUGCCAUGGAUGUGUUGUGGAGCAAUUAGUGUUAUGAUAUUUGAACACAGAAAUGUUUAAUACAUUGCUUUAUUAAAAUCUCCCUUAAAUAUCGUC